CUGGUGUAUCCCCAUGACUUCAGGCUGACAGAGAAAGAGAAAACUAGUAUCUGCUACUUGUCCUUCCCUGACUCCUACUCAGGUGGCCUCGGGGACACCCAGUUCAGCUUCCGCCUGCGCCAGUCAGGGGGACAGAGGACAUGUCCCUUCCAGGACCACGGGGACUACAACCGACAGGCUCCUCUCACCCUGCAGCGCGAGUCAGCUCACUACUUCGGCUAUGUCUACUUCAGGCAGGUCAAGGACAGCUCUAUGAGAAGAGGAUACUUCCAGAAGUCCCUGGUGCUGGUGUCUCGCCUGCCCUUUGUGGCCUUGUUCCAGACCCUGCUGCAGCUGAUUGCCCCCGAGUACUUCGACAAGCUGGAGCCAUGCCUGGAGGCAGUGUGCAACGAGAUUGACCAGUGGCCUCUGCCCGUGCCAGGACAGACCCUGAACCUGCCUGUGAUGGGGGUUGUCAUCCAGGUGAGGAUCCCAUCCAGGGUGGACAAGCCAGGAUCAAGCCCAGUGAAGCAGUUCAAUCAAGAGAAUCUGUUACCAGCCCCCUUGGUCCUCCCCAGUGUCCAUGAGCUGGAUCUGUUCAGGUGUUUCCAGCCAGUGCUAAUCCACAUCCAGAUGCUGUGGGAGCUGAUGCUACUGGGAGAGCCACUGGUGGUGAUGGCACCAUCGCCCACAGUCUCCUCAGAGAUGGUCCUGGCACUCGUCAGCUGCCUGUCCCCCCUGCGCUACUGCUGUGACUACAGACCUUACUUCACCAUCCACGACAGCGAGUUCAAGGAGUACACCACGCGCACCCAGGCCCCGCCAAACAUCGUUGUGGGAGUCACAAACCCUUUCUUCAUCAAGACCCUCCAGCACUGGCCACACAUCCUUCGGGUGGGAGAGCUCAGGAUGUCAGGGGACUUGCCCAAGCAGGUGAAGGUGAAGAAGUUGGCUAAGCUAAAGACUCUGGACACCAAACCAGGAAUCUACACUUCCUAUAAAACAUUCCUGCACAAGGACAAGUCCCUGAUCAAAAGGUUGUUAAAGGGCAUCCAGAGGAAACGACCCUCGGAGGUGCAGAGUGCCCUGCUGAGGAGACACCUCCUGGAGCUCACCCAGAGCUUCAUAAUCCCCCUGGAGCACUACAUUGCCAGCCUGAUGCCCCUCCAGAGAGCCAUCACCCCCUGGAAGAACCCUCCCCAGAUCCGUCCCUUCUGCCAGGAGGACUUCAUGAAGACCUUGGAGCAUGCUGGGCCUCAGCUCACCUGUGUGCUUAAGGGUGACUGGUUAGGCCUCUACAGACGUUUCUUCAGGUCUCCCAACUUCGAUGGGUGGUACCGGCAGCGGCAGCGGGAGAUGACACAGAAGCUGGAGGCUCUGCACCUGGAGGCCAUCUGUGGUGCGGACAUUGUGGCCUGGAUGAAGGACAAGUCUGAGGUGGAGAUUGUGGACCUGGUGUUAAAGCUGCGUGAGAAGCUGGUGAGAGCCAGGUGCCAACACCUGCCCGUGAAGGAGGAGACGCUGCAGCGAGUGAGCCUCUACAUCGACACCAUCAUCGGCUCCUUGCCCGAGGACCUCCAGGCUGUGCUGCACCACCCCUGA